AAGUAAUAUAGAAUAGUAGUUAUUAACGGUUUAUAAUCCCUAUCAUUAAACCACACAUUAACCCAUAACACUAAUUUUGAAUUUUCAAGAGUUCAUUUUUUUUUUUUUUACUAAGAAAACAAAAGACAGCUAUGCUUUUACAUAUAUAUAUUUAUAGAUUUGGAGAGAAGUAGUAGGAGGGGGAGGAGGACCAUAAAUUCAAAGUCUUGACUUUGGAUUUAGAAUGAACUAGGUAGAAAGAAGCAGCAGCAGCAGCACAGAAUUCAUCCAAAGAUUAAACCUUUUUCAAGUUUUGAUCAUCAUCAUCAUCUUCUUCUUCUUCUUCAAUCUCACAUACAAAUUUUCAUUUGGAUUCACAAUCACAAUCAAUAGAAGAAGCUGGUCAUGAGUUGUUGUUCUUUCUUCAGUAGAAGAAAGGAAGAUUCCUCAGUUAGGCGAAUAGUUGAAAUUGAUGAAGUUUUGUCAAGCCUCCACAAUGUUAGAUUGUACAGUUACAAGGAAUUGCGAAUGGCAACUGAAAAUUUCAGUUCCGGGAAUAAAAUUGGUCAGGGCGGUUUCGGUUCUGUCUACAAGGCAAGAUUGAAGGACGGGACCAUGGCAGCUUUAAAGGUAUUGUCAGCCGAAUCAAGCCAAGGUGUGAAGGAAUUUUUGACAGAAAUCAAUGUGAUCGCGAAUAUAGAACACGAAAACCUUGUUAAGCUACAUGGUUGUUGUGUUGAGGAAAAUCAGAGAAUUUUAGUCUAUGGAUAUCUCGAAAAUAACAGCCUUGAACAAACACUUAUAGGUGGAAGUAGAAGCAGCAUUCAAUUUGAUUGGCAAACACGGCGUAGAAUUUGCAUUGACGUGGCACGGGGGCUAGCUUUCCUACACGAGGAGGUCCAACCGCAUAUAAUUCACAGAGACAUCAAAGCUAGCAAUGUCCUACUUGACAAGGGUCUUAGGGCAAAGAUAUCAGACUUUGGCCUUGCAAAGCUCAUCCCAGCAAAUCUCACUCAUAUUAGUACUCGUGUGGCCGGAACAGUAGGUUACUUAGCACCCGAAUAUGCCAUAAGAGGUCAGGUUACAAGGAAAGCAGACAUAUACAGUUUCGGUGUUUUGUUACUCGAAAUUGUUAGUGGGAGAUCCAACACGAACAAGCGGUUACCAGCCAAAGAACAGUAUCUUCUCGAAAGGGCAUGGAGAUUGUACGAGAGCGGGGAGCUCGAGGAGUUGGUAGACUCGUCGUUGAACGAUGAUCUUGAGCUCGAGGAAGCUAAGAAAUUUCUAAAGAUUGCUCUUUUAUGCACUCAAGACAUGCCAAAACUCCGGCCACUAAUGUCUACCGUUGUUGAAAUGCUAACCGGGCAACUUGAAGUGAACAAAAAGGAAAUAUCUAAACCCGGGUUGCUAUCCGAGUUCAUGGACAUGAAAGGUCAAAAGAAUAAAGUCAUCAACUCAAAAGACAUGUCUUCCAUAGGAACUACAAACUCAGGUUCUUCUUCAGUUGCUACAAUGACUUUUACUUCUAUACUUGACCGAAGCAAUUAAGGUCGUCAGUCUGCCUUGUUUUAAAAGUCUCUACCUUUUUUUCGUUCAUUUCACUAAUGAAUGAAAGUUUUUUACUAUCAAAAUUGGGCAAAAAGAAAAGUCCUCUUUCUACUAAAAUGCUAACCAAACAAUUCCUUUAUACUUUUAACAUAUUUUGAUCUAUAUUUUGUGUAAAUUCUUUUAUAAGAAGAAUUUUCUUUACCUCUAAGGCUAAAUGGUCUUUUGAGGUUUUCUAUUUAUUUUUUGUUCUUUCUUUCUUCAAAUGUUCAUUUACAGUUGUACAGUGUAAAACUCACCUAUAUAUAUACUAUGAUUUAUUUUCCUGUUGUGUUCCUUGA